AUGAAGACUAUCGAGCACCCUCCCAUUAUGGAUUUCUACCGUAAUUCGGUUGAUAUUAUCGAAGGAGGUGGUCAUGCUCGUCCUUCUAUGCUUCAAUUAAUUCAUGGAGACAAGGCUGUUCCGGAAGAGAUGGAUAUCGAAGGGUUCAAGUUGCAAAAUGAUGAACUGGUUGAAGGGCAGAUUGCGAGACCGCAGAAGAAAGCACGUAUGGAAAAAUUUAACCCUCCUCCAACACAGGCUCGCGUGAAAUUCGGGUGGAUUCAAGGCGUGUUUGUACGAUGUCUUUUGAACAUUUUCGGUGUAAUGUUAUACCUUCGCAUUAGUUGGGUUGCUGGUCAAGCUGGUGUC